CGCGGUUCCGCAGGAGGAGGGCGGAGAUGGAGGAGGCGGAGGAGGGCUGGAGAAAGGCCGUGAAAGGAGCAAAGGCUGGGUCCACCUCGCUGAGCUGCUCGGGCAGCUGCUGCUCCUCGCUGGCGAUGGCUGUGAAAGACCCCACAGCUGUUGAGCGAACAAAUUUAUUGAAUAUGGCCAAAUUGAGUAUCAAGGGACUCAUUGAAUCUGCCUUGAGCUUUGGCCGAACCCUUGAUUCUGACUAUCCACCUCUGCAACAGUUCUUCGUUGUUAUGGAGCACUGCCUGAAACAUGGCCUUAAAGUAAAAAAGUCUUUUCUCAGUUACAAUAAAACAAUAUGGGGUCCUCUGGAGCUUGUGGAGAAGUUGUACCCAGAAGCUGAGGAAAUCGCUGCUAGUGUUAGAGACUUGCCUGGUCUCAAGACUCCACUAGGACGUGCCCGAGCUUGGUUACGAUUGGCACUUAUGCAAAAAAAGAUGGCUGAUUAUCUACGAUGUCUCAUCUUUCAGAAGGAAUUGCUUGGCGAAUUUUAUGAAUAUCAUGCACUGAUGAUGGAAGAAGAAGGAGCAGUUAUCGUUGGCUUGCUCGUUGGGUUAAAUGUAAUAGAUGCAAAUCUUUGUGUAAAAGGAGAAGACUUGGAUUCACAAGUUGGUGUGAUUGAUUUCUCUAUGUAUUUAAAGAAUGAAGAUGAUAUUGAAAGCAAAGAAAGAAAUGACCAUAUUGCUGCUAUAUUGGAUCAAAAGAAUUAUGUUGAAGAACUAAACAGGCAGCUGAAUAGCACAGUCAGCAGUCUCCAUACACGCGUUGAUUCGCUAGAGAAGUCAAACACUAAACUAAUUGAAGAGUUAGCAAUAGCCAAAAAUAAUAUAAUUAAACUUCAAGAAGAAAAUCAUCACUUGCGAAGUGAAAAUACACUCAUUUUAAUGAAAACACAGCAUCAUCUAGAGGUGAACAAAGUGGAUGCUGAAGCAGAACUUCAGACAUACAAGCACUCCAGACAAAGCCUGGAUGAUAUGUACAGUGAAGCACACAGGCAGCUUCGAGAAGAAUCACAGUUGAGACAAGAUAUAGAGAAUGAGCUGAUGGUUCAAGUUGGUAUGAAGCAUGAGAUAGAACUUGCAAUGAAGUUGUUGGAGAAGGAUAUACAUGAAAAACAAGACACUCUUAUAAGUCUGCGGCAACAGUUGGAGGAAGUCAAAGGAAUAAAUGUAGAAAUGUACAAAAAGCUACAAGUUUCAGAUGAUUCGCUGAAAGAAAAGAACGAAAUCAUUGGCCGACUUGAAGAUAAAACCAAUCAGAUUACAGCAACUAUGAAGCAGUUGGAGCAAAGAUUACAACAAGCAGAGAAGGCUCAAAUGGAGGCAGAGAGUGAAGACAAGAAAUUUAAGCAAGACUAUAUGAGUAAAUCUGAAAGUCUGCUGAAAGAUAUUACUCAAAAGGAAAAGCAAGUUGGCCAGCUGGAAACAGAUUUGAAAAUAGAAAGAGAAUGGCGACAAACUAUGGAAGAAGACCUUAAAAGGGAAAAAGAAACAUCAUCUUCCUUGAAGACAGAGACCAAACAAAUCAUUACUCUUAAAAAAGAGUUCCUAAAAUUACAAGAAAAAAACAAGCAGUUGAAAAAUCUAUGCCAUGAUCAAGAAGAAGCUCUCCAAGAACUGGCUGGCAAACUUAGCGAAUCAAAGCUUAAAAUAGAAGAUAUAAAAGAAGCAAAUAAAACAUUGCAGGGACAGGUCUGGCUAAAGGACAAAGAAGCUACACACUGCAAAUUAUGUGAAAAAGAGUUUUCGCUUUCCAGAAGGAAGCAUCACUGUAGAAACUGUGGCGAAAUUUUCUGUAAUGCCUGCUCUGACAACGAACUGCCUUUGCCAUCUUCGCCAAAGCCUGUAAGGGUUUGUGAUUCCUGCCAUGCACUGCUCAUACAGAGGUGUUCUUCCAGUGUGCCAUAAGAGUCAUCUACAGAAGAUUUCUAAAAUGUUACUUUACUACAGUGGUAAGAGCUGUAACAUUAUAAUAUAAACUCCUGCAGCGCUGGCCAAUGCUUUUGUAUUGUCAAAAUCUAAACAGCCAAUCUUAAAUCUUUGUGCCAUUGUGAUAUUCCUGCAGUGGCAGCAUGUCAUAUUAUGUGAGUUUCUGCUAAUGCAGCAAUUGAUAUGCCUGAUUUUACAAAUGCAUCUGCUUGUGCAACACACUUUAUUGUUCAUCGUAAAGGAUAUAGGCAGAAUGUUUUGCAUUCCCAGCAUUUGCCAUUUCAUCAUGCAGAUGGACCAUUCCAGGACCAAGUGCAGAGUUUUGCAGUUUCGGAUUAUUUUUAAAAGGAUCUUAGUUUGGGAACAGGUUGGCAGGGGACAUUGUAGCUUGGAAGUCAGAGGAGCUGGACAGGGCUUUUAAGGGUUGCGAGUUGAGGUUCAGUAUCUUGUGCAGCUUUGUAUGUUUCCUAGGCCUCCCCACAAAAGCCAUUUAAAUGCAGAAUUGGGAAGAUUACAUAUAAGUAAAUGCAGCUACUUCAUAUAUUUCUGGUGACAUAAAUUGGCUUUCUUGGACAUUAUCCCUAGAUGUAAGAUUAAGUUUCCAGCCUUGUUAGUGCAGCAGUUUCAAUAUACAUGUGGUAGCUUAGCUAGAAGAAUGAGAAGGCAAGCAGGUUUUUUGCAUCACUGGAAUUCCUGAAAGAACUUUGUCAGGCAGGUCUUUAAGUACUUUGUCUGAGAGAAACUACCUGACUUGCAUAUUGUGCACAGGGCUUUUGAAGAGGAACUAGAAGGCAGGCCAGGUGAGGAGUGGAAAGAAUAUCCCGAGGGGGAUCAUGGAAUGUGUGUAGUGCUUUCAUCCUGACCUCUGUU